GAGGGGCGGGCUCUCAGGCUCCCGGCGGCUGCUUGCGCCCCAGCGCGCGCCCAGGCGCCUUGGAAUCCCCGUCCUUGGGUCCCCGCAAGGUCCCCUGCCGUGCGCGAGGCAGCAUGAUGAGGCGCACCCUGGAAAACCGGUAACAGCCCGAGCCCAGCUGCCCAGGGCCGCCCACACUGGAGGACUAGGGUGAGGGAAGUGGAGCCUCUGUCCGUGGGGCCUCUGCGCCGAAUUCCGACCCUCGGCGGGAGGCUGCACGGUCCCCGCUGUGGCCUGGGGCCUAAUUCCCUGGGCUACAGCGACCGCCGGCGGCGAAGGGGAGCCCAGGGCCCGGCCGGCUGCCACCCACCCACGCCUCCGGGUCUCGGGUCCCCACAGUGCCGCGGGCAGUGCGGAAGGCUAGGAGGCAGCCGGGCGCCCAGGCCGCGCUGCGCGGAGCAGCCGGAGCAGCCACAGCAGCCACCUCCCCAGUUAAGGCCAGGCCCACCCGACCUGGGCCUUUUCCUGUGCCUACACUGUUCGGAUAGUGAGGUCAGGACCCCAUGGAGAGCACUCCGCGCCGGGAGACGCUGGAUCGUCGGAACGCUCAAACAAAACAACUGCAAACAGCUGUCUCAAAUGUGGAGAAGCAUUUUGGAGAACUGUGCCAAAUCUUCGCUGCCUAUGUGAGGAAAACUGCCAGGCUGAGAGACAAAGCAGACCUCCUGGUGAAUGAAAUCAACGAGUAUGCUGCUACAGAGACCCCGCAUUUAAAGCUGGGCCUGAUGAACUUUGCAGAUGAGUUUGCCAAACUUCAGGAUUACCGACAAGCAGAGGUUGAAAGACUUGAAGCCAAAGUAGUUGAACCCUUGAAAGCUUAUGGGACCAUUGUGAAAAUGAAACGGGAUGACCUCAAGGCAACAUUCACAGCAAGGAAUCGAGAAGCUAAGCAAUUAACUCAGUUAGAAAGAACACGUCAGCGAAACCCAUCUGAUCGACAUGUUAUUGCAGAAACGGAAUUGCAGAGAGCUGCAAUGGAUGCUAGCCGAACAAGUCGUCAUCUGGAGGAAACUAUUAACAACUUUGAAAGGCAGAAAAUGAAGGAUAUAAAGACUAUAUUUUCUGAAUUUAUCACAAUCGAAAUGUUAUUUCACGGCAAAGCUUUAGAGGUCUACACUGCUGCCUACCAGAAUAUACAAAACAUUGAUGAAGAUGAAGAUUUAGAGAGUCUCACUCUGUUGCCCAGGUUGGAGUGCAGUAGCAUGAUCUCAGCUCACUGCAACUUCCGUCUCGUGGGUUUAAGCAAUUCUCCUGCCUCAGCCUCCCAACUAGCUUGGAUUACAGAGAUGGAGUUUCGCCAUGUUGCCCAGGCUGGUCUUGAACUCCUGGGGCUCAAGCGAUGUGCCUGCGUUGGCCUCCCAAAGUGUCAAGUUUUCCGAAAUUCUCUGUAUGCACCAGAUUAUUCAUCUCGUUUAGAUAUUGUAAGAGCAAAUUCAAAGUCACCUCUUCAGAGAUCACUGUCAGCUAAGUGUGUAUCUGGAACAGGACAGGUAUCCACUUGUCGACUAAGAAAGGAUCAACAAGCAGAAGAUGAUGAGGAUGAAGAGUUAGAUGUUACAGAAGAAGAAAAUUUUAAGUAAACUACACAUUCCCAUUUUCAUCAUAAAUGACAUGAAAUCCACAAUGACUAAAUUGUAGAACUUUAUACUCACUUUGCUAUGUUAAGCCUCAAAGUGAAGUCCAACUGGAAACAGAAAAAUAAUUAAAGGAAACUUAUGCUGACCAAAAAUGAAGGCUUUAAAAAAUAUUGCAUACCAGUCAUUUCAACAUCCUACCUAGUGUUACAUGAUUUUUGUGUAAGUGCCUUUUUUUUUAAAGAUGGUGUAUUUCACAGUAUUUCAUAUUAAUGUACUAUAUCUACUUGAAGUUCCAAUAGUACAUUAUGACAGAAACCAAAAAAUCUAACAAUUCUGCUUAGCUUUUUGGUUAAGACUCCAUGCUUUCAUUACCAGAAAAGGGUCUUAUGUAGUCAUUCUGAUUACAUGUAAUUCUAUUCCAUGAAGCCUUAAGAAAAAAUAUUUUUAACUUUCCCUAUAACUUUAUCAUUUGAUAAGUAAAUUUACUUUUCAAGAAGAGUAUAAUCAAAGAGUAAAGAUAAUGUGACACUAAGAUAUCAAUGUUUUAUGAAUACACAUAAGGCAUAAAUUUCAGCUGUGAAAAAGCCACAUUCAGUCUGACUCUGGUUUUCAAACAAAACUGCUGUCAUAAUUAUACAUGAUACUGCAACUUUUGGAAGGCUAAUUUGGUGGAAUGUUGCCUCAUCAUAGAACACCAUAGAUCAUUAAAAAUUCCAUAAAAAUUUUACCAAGCUACCAUAUAGUUUUUAAUAAAAGGGUAUACAGUCACUUUUAUUUCUGAAAAUAUAAAACAUGGAGCCGAAUUUCAGUGUAUCUGAUGCUUCUCUUUUGGUAAGGAAUUAUACUUUUAUUUCAUGGAUCCCAGGCAGGCAUAUAAAAGUUACGGAAUUUAUAAAAUCAUUUGGGAUAAUUAGAAAGUGCAAUCAUUCAUAACAGAAAAAUAAAGACUUUCUAGAAAGCUUU